AUGAAGGAGGCCGACCAUUCAUGCUUUGCUGCGGUUUUCGACGCCGACAUCGCCGCUAUCCCGUUAAGAACGAUGACCUCAAUCCGGCACAUCGACCCGCAGACCGGUAAAGGGUAUCACCGCGACGAGGCCGCCCGCGUGCUAAAGUUCUUCCGCACGGCUGUCGUGGCCGAGCUGGGGCGUCCCGGUAGGAUGUGGGACUGGGCGCCGCCAUCACAAGCAGUGGUGGAGGUCAGGCUGGCCGACUGCGACCACCCUAUCCGCGAUAAAGUGCCGGGCACAGUGUCGGACGGGCAUGUCGGUGCCGGAGUGCUUUCCGCGACGUCGUUCGGGUGGGUAGCGAAACAGAUCGACCAUCUGACAGGCGAGAAGGGUCGUAGUGGGGUGAGCAUCGAGAGCGUCGGGAUGAAGGGGCUGAAGGCUUUGCGCGACAGCAUGGUUGAGUACGUCAGCAAGGUCAUUGCCGUAAAACGCACCGCGGCGCCGACUUCUCAAGCCACCGGACCCGCCGACAGUGCCAUUGAUGACGACGGCGCGGAAGGACAGAAGGCGCCCCAAGGUGCAGUUGCCGCCCAGCAUCAGGGGAACGCGAGGGUGCAUGGGGAAGGUGGAAACGGUGGAGGAGGCGACGCAGAGGCAGGUGCAGGAAGGUUGGAAACGGAGAAGUCGUCGUCGUCGUCUGAGUCGGAGUCGGAGUCGGAGGAGGAAGACGAGGCGGUGAAGCGUAAGGACGAGGACGAGGAGGAGGAGGAGGAUGAGGAGGAGGAGGAGGAGGAGGAGGAGGAGGAGGAGGAGGAGGAGGAGGAGGAGGAGGAGGAGAAUAAGGACGAGAAUGGUGAGAAGUGGGAGGGAGGGAAGGAUGAGGAGGGGGGGGAUGAAGAGGUGGAGCUCGUGGUGGAGUAUGUAGAGGGUACGGUUGAGGCGGGAGCGGCGGAAGAGGCGGUGGGGUCGGCAGAUCAGGGGAAUGAGGAAGAGAAGGAUGACGGCGCGGGAAAUGCUACGAGGAUGAGGCGGCCUGCGAGGGAGGUGGGAAGGUGUCGGUCGACGCCAGCGAAGGGGCGAACAACACGGGCGUGCAGGAGACCGGGGAAGCACCUGGUCGGCAGGGCCCUGAAGGACGACGUUGAGGAGCUGCGACGGGAGAACUGGUUGUUGCGGGCGGAGAACGCUCGGCUGGCGACGUUGCUCGAUGCGGAGCGGGCUCGGCUGGACAGGUUUUUUGUUGGGGUCAGUGGACUCGUCGACCACGUUAAAGGGUUGGCCGAGCAGGUCGACGACACCGAGAAGUAUGCCGCGGAACAGCUGCGAAACGCGACGGAGGCCAUGUCGAAGACCAUUACGGGCAACAUCACCGGCAGCUUUGACGAAGCGUGGAAGUCGAUGAAGACAUUCGCGGAACAGGCGACGGAGUGGUUGGAGGACUUCGACAAUCCGGAGGGUCGUGUCGCGUAUGCACGGGCGUUAGCGGUCUCCGCCUUGGCCGAACACGUAGAUUCGGUGGUGGGCGAUGCGAGGAAGGGGUUGGAAGAGUACGUCUCGAACCACCUUGCCUCCGCGCAGGUCAACAUCGCCACCGCUGUGACCGCCAGGCUCGCCGUGCCGCCGCCGCCACCGCCUCAUCCCACGCCGCCCGCCAUCCCGGAAGAGCUUUUGAAGUCGUUCAAGACCGACAUCAUGAAGGCAGUGACGGAGGCCACCCAGCAGUCUUUCGUUGCUUCCGGGAUGAAGAUGAUGACAGAGAUGAUCGGCACUGUGGCGCCAGGUCGACGUGGGUCGUCGCCUUCGGCCAAUGACGCCGAUAACGCGCAAAGGAAAACGGCCGAGAAGCAGGGCCAUAAGAGGACGGGCGACGGAGACGACAAGGAGAGCUCGAAGCGGAGCAAGGGAGCGGACGGUAGCCGCGGGUCGAAGCCUGCGCAACAGAGCGUGGUCGACCAGCUGAAGACGAAGGCGGGGUGGAAGGUGGUAAGGACGUCGCACAGCAAGGGAGGCGGAAGCGGGGGAGCAGAGGGUGGCCCUGCCGACGGGGUUGCCGCUAACGUAGCUGCUCCGACUGGCCCGCCUUUGGUCGCCGAGCAGACCGAUCCUCAGGCGAGCAGUGGGAAAGGCGUGACCGACAAGGAGGUGCCAACUGCUCAGGCGGCGAAUGAUGGCGACUCCGGAACCACCAAGGGACCGUCCGUCGCGGCGGCGGCCAAGCCUGCUUCUGCUACGGUUGUCGGCACCACCAAGUCGAGUCCCCGUAACCCCCUUGCGGCUACCAGCGCGCCUGCCGGCCAGUCAGGUGCGAACAAAGAUGGGGAGGCUGCUCCAGCUCCAGCAGCCCCGGCUGCCGCCAAGGGCGUCGCGAAGGCUGCUUCGGCUAAGGGUGAUGCCGUGGCAUCAGCUAAGGCCCCCCCCAGUGCACGUCGCUCCGUCACUACGCAGGUUGCCGGCAAGUCGUCCGGUGCCCCACCUGCCGCGCCUUCGGUGGCCGCCCCACCGCCUGCGGACCCCAAGUCCGCUUUUCUUCGCGCCCAUUUCGGCGCACGCAAAGCGGCUGCUCCAUCAGUGACCCAGCCGGAACUCGGCAAAAGCGCGACGCCGACGUCGGUAAACGCGACCGCACCCACACCAGGUGCAUCUGUGGUCGAUGUGGCGGCGGAGAAGGGAGUGAGUGCAGCGCUCGCCAUCGGCGGCCGCGCAGACAAGCAUGCCGACCUCGCUGUCGUCAUGGCCCAUUUUGAGGCAGCAAAGCGCCCCGAGCACGCCCCUGUUAUGGCCAUCAUGGACAUGGCGCAUGUGGUGCCGUCGGCGACCCACGGAGGGGGUUCGGCGGAGCAGACGGCCGCAACGGCUGCUGUCGCCGAGAGAAAUGCUGGACGGAAGGAAAAGGACGACAACGGGAAAGAGAAGGCGGUCUCUCAGAGGAGCACGCGGGCGAUGUCUGCGGGGAAGUUGAUGUCGGAAGAGAAAGGGAAGAAGGCGGAAGGGGAGCAGGACAAGACGGGCGGCAAGGGUAAGCCGGCGAAGAAGAAGGAGAAGGCGGAGGAGGAGGACGAGGAGGGCGGCGAGGGAGAUAAAGAGCAUGGACGCAGGGGUCAUGGCAUCCGCCGAGACAAGGCUGGCGACGGGCAAGGGUGGGUGGGCGAGAUUAAGGUGAAGGGACUGAAUCGGUACAUCGGCAAGUCGAGGGAGAAGAUGGAGCUGGCCUACGAGCACGCGAUUGCGUACGUCGUCUACGACGGCUACGUGAGCAAGGUGCUCAUGAAAGAGCUCACCGUUCUGAAGCCGGGGGUGUUGGAUGAAUGGAAGGAGGUGUGGGCGGAGGUCAAGUUCCUGUCGACUGGGAUGUGGACGGUGAUGUGGGCAAGAGGCUUGUGCCAUCCGAGAGCACGGUUCGACGACAUACUCGGCAGGUACCGUGGGUACGCGAGUUCGGGUGAUGCGCUUCAUGACGUGCUCUGGCCGGCGAUCUGGUUCCCCAUCAUGGAGGACAUGGAGGAAGGCAAGGAAGAGACGGACGCUCUCAUGUCGGCGAUGGUAAAUCGCGUGUCGAUGUGCGCGGCGUAUGGGAAGGUCGCGGCGAGCGCGGCGUUUGGGAAGGUCGAUGCGAGCGUGGAGGGGAAGGCGGACGAGAAGACGAAGAUGGGGGCCCAGGCGUUAGCGGCAUCGGCAUGCGCCAUCUGGUGCUUCUUGGAGACGGGGGCGUCGGUGCUCGGUGCUGUGGGCGAAGGGAAGGCGGCGGCGAUGGUGGCAGGUGCGGGGGAGGCGAGGGCCGAGGACUUCAAGGAGGUGAUGCACGCGGUGAUUGAUAUAGCACGCAGUAGGCAGGCUCCCGCGGGGGAGGUUGCACAUAACGUCGCGCCAGCGCUGCAGAGCCAAGCAGUGGCCAGGGCCUUCGCGAAGGGAGUUGAGGAAGUCGAGGCCGACAUGAUCGCAAUUGCGACGGUCGAGACCUUGGCGUUCUGGGGAAUGUGCCCCGUCGCCGGGCCCAAGCUCAAAGCGCAGGGCAUCGAUGUGCCGUGUGACGCGAGGAUGGAGUACGAUAUGGAUCACAGGGGGAGGAAGGGGGAGAAGGUCAAGCAGAGCAAGGGCAGCAGCAAGAGGAAGAAGGGCAAGCAGGGCAAGGGCAGUACGGAUGCGUAG